AUGGCAGCUGCAUUAGAGAGCCUAUCUUCAAGCAUCCGACUUUCUUCUGGCCAUACGAUUCCCGUCCUCGGCUUCGGCGUCGCGUUCGGGAGGGCUGGCAGGGACCCACGCAGCUUGACGAAGCCCGCGGUCAGCGAGGCGCUCAAAGUCGGGCUUCGACACUUUGACACCGCGCGGAUGUACAAUAAUGAGGACCACCUAGGGGAGGUUAUCAGAGAGAGCGGCAUCCCGCGCGAAGACCUCUUCAUCACAACGAAGGUGGACAGCGCCUUUCAUGAGUACAACAAGACCACAGCGAGUGUCACCGACUCCUUGCAGCGGCCCGCGCUUGACUAUGUUGACCUCGUCCUUCUACACGACCCGCGGGCCGGGAAGACGCUCCGGCUAGAGGCGUACAAGGCUCUGCUCGACCUGAGGGCCCAAGGCAAGAUCCGCAGCGCGGGCGUAUCGAACUAUGGCGUCAAACACCUCGAGGAGAUCGCCGCAGCUGGCUACGAAGCGCCCUCCGUGAACCAAGUCGAGCUCCACCCCUUCUGCCAACAACGCCCCAUCGUCGCGUACUGCAAAGCGCACAACAUCGCCAUCGAGGCGUACUGCCCGCUCGUCCGGGGCAAGACGGACGACCCCGUCAUCGUGAAGAUCGCGAACCGGCUCAACAAGGACCCAGGGCAAGUCCUCAUCCGGUGGUCCCUCCAACACGGGUUCAUCCCCCUUCCCUUGUCGUCCUCGCCCGCCCGCAUCAAGUCCAACGCAGACGUCUUCGACUUCAGCCUCACAGAGAGCGACAUAGCCGAGCUCGACGCGCUCGACCAGGGCCCCGCCGGAUCGGUCAGCUGGAAUCCUGUGGAUACGGAAUAG